AUGGCCCCGUUGUUGCAAAAACCAUCAUCAUCGCUCGAACGAGGCAAGCAUCUCUUCCUCCUCUUCCUCUCGACGAGAGCGAGGACUUCGAACGCGAGCAGCAAUACCACCACGUUCAGAGCAGCGUUUUCGUCGUCUCUGUUUUCAACAGCGGCGACAGAAAAAGCGCAAAACGAAGAAGGCGGUGGUGGUGAAAAGGAGGACGUGUUUCACCUCCUCGCGGGGAAACUGCCGCAGCCGAUGUACCGAGCGACGGUGGUAAACGACGACGGAACGACGACGCCGAUCUCGGACGUGCGCUCUGCCGUUCAGUGGGCGAAAGAAGCUAUGGGAGGAAAGAAGAAGUUCGACCAGACGGUGGAGAUGUCCAUUCGGUUAGGGGUGAAUCCGAAACGGUCGGACAUGAUUGUUCGAGGGACGUGCAACUUACCGAACGGGACGGGGAAAAAAUUUUACGUGUUGGCGUUCGCGGAGAACGAGGAGGAUCGGGAGAUGGCGAGACAGGCCGGGGCAGACGCGGUUGGAGGUGAAGAGUUGAUUGAACAAAUUAAGAGCGGGAAGUUUGAGGAUUUGAAUAAAGUGAACGUGUGCGUGGCGACGCCGGGGAUCGUGCCGAAACUGAAAAGUUCCGGCUUGGCGAGGACGCUCGGGCCGAAAGGGUUGAUGCCGAAUCCGAAAGUUGGAACGUUAACCGCGGAGGUUGGGAAGGCGGUGAGAGAUGCGAAGAGUGGAGGGAGAGUGGAGUACAGAGCGGAGAAGAAUUCGAUCGUGCACGCUGGGAUUGGGAAGACGAGUUUUGAGGAGGACGCCAUCGUAGAAAACGCGUCGUGUUUGAUGGCGAGCGUUUUGCAAAACAGACCGAAAGGGAAAGGCGCGCCAGCGAUAUCGAAUUAUAUUAAGAGGGUAUAUUUGAGCACGACAAUGAGUGAAGGGAGUCGAAGAAUAGACCCGAAAGAGUUGAUGAAAUUAGCGGAGGAGUAUAAUCAGAGGAAUACAUCGAUGUCGUCGUCGCCGGGGGCGUAG